GGAGCCGCGCACCCGCCGCCGCCCCCCGAGCCUCGCCGCCGCCGCCCGGCACCCGAGGAGAGGGCGGCGGGCGCCCCCCGGGGAAGAUGAAGGCGGAAGGGGGCGACCACUCUAUGAUCAACCUGUCGGUGCAGCAGGUCCUGAGCCUCUGGGCCCACGGGACAGUGCUGAGGAACCUCACGGAGAUGUGGUACUGGAUCUUUCUCUGGGCUCUCUUCUCCUCUCUGUUUGUCCAUGGUGCUGCAGGAGUGUUGAUGUUUGUGAUGCUACAGAGGCAUAGGCAGGGGCGAGUAAUCUCUGUCAUUGCCGUCAGCAUCGGAUUUCUGGCUUCUGUAACUGGAGCAAUGAUUACUAGUGCAGCAGUGGCAGGCAUUUACAGAGUAGCAGGGAAGAACAUGGCCCCUUUGGAAGCACUGGUAUGGGGCGUUGGACAGACUGUACUGACAUUAAUCAUCUCCUUUUCAAGGAUCCUCGCCACACUUUGAGGCUUCUGUGGGAAUGUCUUACUUCACAUAAGGAAACAGAUGUACAGAUUCCCUGAGAAUGGCAUUGUUAACAAGCAGAGAUGAGAUUGUACAAGAAUGUGGAAUGAGCAGGUUAAAACACGGCCUCCAGUUGUGUGGGAAGACUGCCCUCUGGUGUUCAAGCGAUUGCACUACUGCACCGCACCUUACGUGCCUCUUUCCAGGCAAGGUGCAUCCAUACACUCUGUGAAGCUACAAGAAGAAGCACCUUGUUUAGCUGCCAAUCAGGUUAACACUGGUGUUGAAAUCAUUGUUCUUAACAGUGUUGUGUUAAAUUACAGGGACGUUUUGAGGAACUGAUAUAUGUGCCAAACUUUUUUUUAACAUUGAUCAUGUGACAGUUUGCCAGUAUAGAUGUAGAUGAGUGCUGUGAAUAUGUGACAUGAGUUCAGGUUAUGUAGUGAGAAUCGUGUUUUGUAAAGCAAAAUCCCGAAUGAGUGCUGAAUAUUGAAUCAUUUAAUAUGACAGAAAUUAUUUGGUUUUUAAUGUUGAGCAUUUCUGGGGUUUAAGGCUUUAAUAUGUUUAGGCAUUAUUGUUAUUUAUGUGGAAAAUACAGUAAUACUUAUGGAAAACUAGCUAAACUGUUUUAAGGACUCAAAGUAGAUCUACAGGGUGCAUAAUUUUCACCAACUUAAAUAACACCCUUUUAAUAGUUUCCCUCAUGCAUAAAUAUUCUAUUUAUAUGAAUUCGGAACUUUAUGGGUUACACACAUUGAUUGUAAUUUGUGUUAUCAUAAAAAUAUAAUUUGAAAAUUUUCUUAAAAAGUCUGAAAUGCAUGUUGCAUUCUUUAUCCCUGCUGAAGAGUUUGCCAUGUGUCUCAUAACAAAAGAUCUUUAUAAUGAAUAUCUCAGUGGGAUGAUAUCACUUGUAUUUAUCUUGAUUCUUGACAAAACAUAAGGAAUCUUUUAUUCUGGGGUGUUAACUGUCUUUAAAGAGUGGCCUAAAUUAGGUUGUGGAGACAAAAAGCCUCACUUGCAGAUAAGUAACAAGCAAGUUAUAUAGCGAGAGUAAUAACUUAAGCUGUCUUACUUUGGAUAUGUGAUAGCGUUAUAAGCUCGCUAACUAAAAAUUGGGGGAUAUAGUAAGUAAUUAUAAAAUAUGAAAAUUAAUCUCAGCAUAUCAGUACAGUAUUGAGUGAUUUUUGAGUGAUUCAUUUUAGUUGUUUAGCUCUUGAUUCAUUCUUCUCUGUUACUGAAGUUUACCAGAAUCUAUAUGAUGUUUUUUAGAAAUUGAAUGAUACCUGGUAUAAAACAUUUUGAGAAGUUUUAGAAAUAUGUAAUUAUUUGUAAGAGUACAGGAAGUAGGGAAAACACAGAGCCUGGUUAAACUUGUCUCCUAAUGAGAUUUUUUUUGUACCACCAUUUCAGGUAAUAUGAAAUUAACGACAAUCCAAAAAAUAACCUAUAACCUGGUUUGGUAAAAGUAGGUUUUUAUUGGGCCCCAUUCAGAUUUAAUAUCUUUGUUACCCAUACCACUUUUUCUCUACUAAAAAAUAGAGUGUACCAAGCCCUCAACAGUGAGGAGUUGGUGGGGAUACUUUUACCAGUAUAGAAGCCAAUUUCAGGGAUUUAAUAACAUCAUGGCUUGAAAAUUUGCUAAAUGCAAACAUAAUAAGCAUCUAUGCAUUCUUGAAGACCUUGGAAGUGAUAUCUUUAAUUUGAUUAUUUUUAUCAGGCAAAAGCCUGGAAUUAUUUUCAUGUGUUCUUUAUAUUGCUGAUAUUUUCUCAAAUUAAAUUUAGGCAUAAAUUUUCCAAGUCAGUUUUACUUCUCCUUUUCUAUUAGAGUUGAGUUGUGUUCUUCCUUUAUUUGGCUGUUGUACAGAUGAUUUAGGGCUCAUAUUCUUCCAGGAGAAUUGCCCAUGACAUGUUGAGAUUGUUUCAGGUUUACAAAAUGAAUGUUUAACAAAUGGUUAGUUUAUGAAUUAAGAAAGUUUUCAUGGUAAGGUAAUGUGGAGCAUAUGAUUCAUAUUCCCGAAUUAUUCAGAAAAUAACUUGGACACAUUAAAUGUAUGAAUGCAUGGACCAAAGAGGUUUAAACUCCUGAUUUUACUCUGAAAUGGAGGUGUUAACUGGAUGAUUAAUACUUAGUCUGUAGAAUGUCCUGCAAUUAUUACCAAGUUACUUUAAGUUAUGAAUUGUGUGUGUGUGUGUACUUUUAACUUUGGGGGGAAUUUUUGGUUUCUUUGCUGUUUUCAGAUAUUUCCAUUGAGAUUUUUUUGCAAAUGUUGCUCAUUUAAUGUUUGGAAAUACAAUUGAAUAGUGCAAAUUUAUGAAAUUGUCUUAAUAGCUAUUUAUAUGCUGAGAUUUUCUUAAAAGUUAGUGUUUUUUCUAUAGAGGCAAGAAACAUUUAAUGAUAUAUAUACACACAUAUAUCAUUAUGUAUAUACAUAUAAAGCUGCUGUAUAUGAGUACAGUCUAAUUGGAAAGCUUUUGUUCAAUGAAAGAAUUUGAUAUAUUUGUUCAGUUGAAUGCUCAUUCAAAUACGUUUGAGAAUGUUUAAGAUUUUUUAAUUUGGGAAACACUUCUUGGCUUAAUAGUGUUAGAUAACCUUGCUUGUGAUAUGACAAAAGCCCUUUUGACAGAUUGCAUUAUUACACUUCCUUAGAAUUUGUAUGUUGGUCAGCAGUAGGUUCUCUUUGUGAUGAAUGCAAGAAGGAAAGGGAGAACCCCCUCCUGUUUACACUCCUUUCCUUACACACUGUUCAGUUAAAUACUGUGAAAUCAGCUCCCCAAGGAAGAGAUUCCUGUAUGUCGAAACUAAGUAUUAUUUAAUAUACUGUUUAGAGAUGACCAUAGAUCAGAGUCAAGGGACCUUAUGCAAGCUACAAAAUGUUUAAAACCCUUAGAAGAGGGAGGUGUAAAUAAUCUGUCCCAUGGGACAAUUCCGUUGGUUGCCUGGAAUGAAGACAGCCCCUACUGACGGCUGUAUUCAGUGUGUUCAGCUUAGUGUUUCUUAUUUUAGAUCUUAAUGUUUGCCGAACAGUGUUAUAGUUUAUACCCAGUGUACUUUCUUAGUAUUUGUAGUGUACAUUUCCACAGCCCCCAAAAAGUCUAAGGGUUUUGUUUGUGCUUUAAAUGAGAGAAGUAAAGAAAUGAGCUGGGCUUUAUAUCAUUUAUUUGUGAUGUAAGGAAUAGGGGUAGUUUAAAAUCGAAGAAUGUUGUUAGAAAGGUCUUUGGAGAACAUCUAAUUAAGAUGAGGAAAGUGGGGCUGCCACCCUAAAGUACCCAAGCUGACACCCCCAUGUCAACUAAUUCAAGUUUAUAAACGUUCCCUGUGGGUCUCCUAGAAAGUGCUGUACUAUUUCCUGUAGUAAGUACAAAGAUGACCAAGACGUGGUUCCUGCCCUUGAGUUCACCAAGAACUAGCAAGGUGAUUUUAAAUCCUGAGAUUGUUGAGAUGAUAUUUUGCUUCCCGAUUUUAGUUGCGUGUUCAAGUCCUGUUUUUCUGCCUCAGAUUCUGAGUUUCCCAGGUCAUCCACUAGGUGGGAUUUCAGUAACUGAGGUAUCAUUGCUGUGCGAGUGAAGAGUACUGGAAUCCAGGCCAGUGGCAGAGAUCUGAAUCCAGGCCCUGUCCCUUGUCGACUUUUUUGAUCUUGAGUUAAUCACUUAAUCUCUGUGAGCUUCAGCUCAUUCUCUGUAAAAUGAGAUUAAUAACUUCCUGUGGUUAUCGUGAGGAUUACAUGGGUUGUUUCUGAAUGACAGAACAGUACAUAUUUGACAGUAAGUGAUCAAUAGAUAGUCAUUAAAAUUCUUGUGAAAAAUUAUAUUUUGCAAUACAAUUGAAUAUGUUGAUUUGUAAAAUUCACCUGUUUUCUUCCAUUUCCUAAUUCUCCUUACAUAUAUUUUGGGAAGGAAACUAAAAAAUUUCUCUUGUAAUCUUGGUUUCCUUCACCUUUUCUUCACCCCUCUGUUUUUUUAAACCAGCAGAUACUUGCCAAGCUAAGCAGGAUUAAGUUAUGGGUAGAGGAGCCAGCAUCUUAUACUGCUUACUUCCCAGGGACCCUUGGUAAUGCAGUGUUUAAGUGCUUGGCUGCUGACAGGUCGACGGUUUGAACCCACCAAGGGCUCCAGGGGCGAAAAGACCUGGCUGUCUGCUCCUGUGAAGAUUACAGCCUUGGAAACCCUAUGGGCUAGUUCUCCUCUUCAUAUAGGGUCACUGUGAGUCAGCAGCAGCAGCAGCAGCAGCACUAACUUCCCUUGAAUUCAUUCGGUCAACAUCCAUUGAAUCUCUACUAUAUGCCGCUCACUGUCCCUCUUUUAGGGAUGGAAAAGUGAAUAAGAUUGAGCCCUCUGUCCUCGUAUCUCUCUCUCCUGCUGCCCUGUGCACUUGGCUCCAAGUGUAGUGUCAACUCUGAAGGAGUAUAGAACUGGGGUGUCAGUGGCAACAAAGUCCUUUUUUGUAUAGAGCAAAGGCGCUUAAGUCUAAGUUGGUGUUAUUGUUUUUAACUUAAAAGGAAAUACCGAUGUUUUUAAUUUAUGUCCAUUUCAUUAUUUAAGAAGUAACAAGAUACUAAGAGCACUUUCAGAAAUAUUCUCAGAAACUACUUCACUCUCAGGAAUUCUCAAUCAGAAUCUCUUCAUACAGUCUUGAAUUUGUUUUUAAGAUGGAAGGAAAGUGAAAAAUUAUUGAAGAAAUUCUAGUUGGCCUAGAUUGCAGAGAAGUUUGGCAAUACUUGCUGGGUAACUGGGUGAAAUACUGUUCCUGCAAUAAUCAGGGGUCAGAGUCUCAGUGGUUAAAACUGAUGGGAAAUCAAACUGUUUCAAAAUCUCCUGUAACUUCCCAGUCCUCUUCAUAACACCUUGGAGGGAGAUUCUCCAAGAUAAACAGGACAGUAUUUGAUUAGCUAUGAUUAGAUUUUUCAGACAUGUGGUACUGUUUUGUAGCAGAUGGAAUCAAGGUAAAUUAAGUCUUUAAAUGUUAGAUUUAAUUUACCACAACGCAUUCUGAAGUCACUGCCUUUUUUUGGGGUGGUCAGUUUUGCUGUGUUCUGUGUAGGCAAUUCAUUGUUGUUGAGGUGAAUUAGUUAUCUAAAAAUAUAUCUGUGAAAUUUGCCUGGGGGAAUUCUUAAUACAUGAAGCAUUUUCAGUAGAUAUGGAGAUGUUCCAGCUAGUACUUUAUUAAAUUAGUGAAAACAGAUUUCUGAGUGAACUGCGCUGUGAACUGUGGCAAUUUCCUUCUCUGAGGUGAGGGGACUCAGCUUCACAUUCUUCACAUUCAUUGCACAUAAGUUGAACUUAAGUAAUAACCCUUUUAGGAUCUUGAGAACUAAUUUCGCAAUUUCUCGAAAAUCUCCCUCCCCCUUCUGUAUAGAUUUCAUACGUUACAAAAUAAACAUAUGUACAGUUUGUUGGUAGAAUCAGAAGUGCUGGUUUAGAAGAGACUACUGUUAACACCUUGUGAUUAUGCAGCCAAAAUGUUAUUAAAAACCUAAUACUGUAGGCAAGUCAAGAGGGCAGGGACUUGUUACACAUUUCUUUGAGCUGCUAUACUGCACCUCUGCAUAGCUACCCUUAACAGUUGCCUGACUGUCGCCCUUGAGGGGAUGGAUUUAGUCGUGUGACAGAAACUGGAAUGCAGUGUGACAUAAAUGUAUAGAAAGAGGAACUAUAGUGCAUAAUUACCCGAAUCCCAUAACUAACACUUUUACUCCUAAAUAUACUUAGGUCGCUCAUUUCUAAAAAGCAUCCCUUUUUCUUUAGAGCCCUGAUGAAACGAAUGUUAACUUGACAGUAUCACUGAUGAUGAAAAGUUUCCUUUGUUUUUAAAUUAUUUGCACAUUAUCAUUAAGUAUCUUUGGGAAGGACAGUUACAAAGUUAACUCCAUAGAAAGCAACACAGAGGUGCUUCUCGGAAUGGUAAUAAAAGUGCUGUACUUUCAAUGCCGAGUAAACUGAUGGUCUCCCUGGCGUUUCUCAGUGUGUCUGAUACUGGAUGCGUUUACAGUGGAGGAGGCUGUAAGAAUUCCAGCCCUCUCCCCAUCACGCCCCUUCACACCCACACACACACGCACGUUCAGACACGAACGCUACACAUUAGAUGAGCAGAUAUGAAAUUCCAUCGUGUUUCUCAUUUCAGUGUGUAACUUGGUAAAAUUAUAUGGUUCUACCGUAAGUAUUCGCCCUUGAUGCUAGUCAUUCUGGGAUGAGGGAAUCAACUUUAUCUUAAAGUUAACUGGUUAAAAUAUCUUGAUUUAAAUAGCAAAAAUAUAGUUUUCUUAAUAGGUAUUAAAGGGGCCCUGAUGGGGCAGUGGUUAAGUAUUUGGCUGCUAACCAAAAUGUCAGCAGUUCGAAUCCGCCAGCUGCUCCUCGGAAGCCCUGUGGGGCAGUUCUGCUCUGUCCUAUAUAGGGUCAGAGUGGACUCGGUGGCAACAGGUUCGGGUUUGUUUUGUUAAUAGGUAUUAAAAGACUCACUUUGAAAUUGUGUUAACUCUCAGACCACUGAUGAAUCAUUUAGUAAAUCACAGAACAGUUUUUAAAAGCUAAAUGAUACCUUAGUGCCUUGAAAGUUAAAAUACUUUUGCAAAGUGAAUUUAGCUAGAUUCAGGAUUGGUACAGAUGAAUUGCUUUGUACACAUUACCUAUAACUUGGAAUUAGAAGUGGGAAUGGUGUAAUUGAAGCAAAUCUUAGCUAUUGACUUCUUACGGUUUAAUGUAAAUCAGUGAUUUAGCCAUUGGCUAUAACAGAGAACAGCUACUUUCAUUAUAUUUUCAUGAUGUGGUAUUUUUUUCUUUUUCCAAGUAAGUAUGGAAUGGGGAAAAAUGUAGUCAAAAAAAUUAAACGUGGGAUUUGUAAACUAGAGAUUCUAGUGUGAACAGUAUUAGUUUUCUAUUGUGGCACAAGGGCAGCCACUUUAUGUAACUGUUAGAAAUAUGUUUAUCAUCAGGGAUUUAUUUUUACUACAGAGAUACUUAAUGUACUGUGAAGUGUAAAGACAAGAAGAAUAGACGCUGGAAGGUAAUGCACAAGAACAAAGGCGUACUUGACGCGCAGUUCCCUAUGUUACGUGAACACGAUUCCCCGUUUGUUAAGACUGUAAACUACACUGUGUGAGUAUGUGUACUGCAUGUUUACAUAAUACUUUUUAAUUUUGAAGGAUUAUUUAAAAAACUUUAUGUAUAAUACCUAACAAGCUGUAAAUAUUGUAUACUAUUGAUUUUUAGUUUUAUAUAAACAAUUUUUUUAUUUCCCAAUUCAUGUACAAAUCUCAUUGUGUAUAUAACAUAAUUCCCUGGAGAACACAAAUUUUACAGUGAAUUUCAAGUAUUUCAACUGUGGUAAGCAUCUUAGUUUAGCCUUAGAGGUGUUGAUCUUUAUUUUAUUUCACACUACUCUCAUUUUCUUCAAAGGGCAGCAAUAAACAUAUGCAAGUUAUUUUUAGUUACAGAAAGUUGGUCUACAAGGACAAGAUCCAGGUUCCAAUUCAUUGCUUUAAGAAAAGAUGCACAAUUAAUAUCAUUCAGUGUCUAAUCACAGGGCCGUUUCUGAGGUCCAUGUGUGGCCCUCCUCUUUGUUAAUAUACAGGGUGAACUCUUUACCAAUACACACAAAAGAACUGUUCAGAGUAACUCCAGCACUUAAAUGUCGUUACACAGAAUUUAUUGGGUUAAAAAUUUGUAAUGUACAGUAUUUUAAUAAAGUUUCUGUAUUCAGUUUCA